AUGCAGUCGCCUCACUCGAAGAUGACCCUGAAGGAGAAAUUAGAUUUCAUAGACGAAGAAAUAAGAAAAUUACACUUAUGUUGUUCUUUAGCUGGAUAUACUGAAUCCGAAAUAGAAAGUUUUGCUCAGCCGUUUUUUAAAAAGGACGUCAAUCAUCUGGGAUCUGCCGGCUGGACGAGUUGGAAAGCAUGGAAGAAAACUGCUGCAGCUUUGGUUGUGGUGAUGCUUGUUCUGCCCUUUGUGUACUAUCCAGCCUUUAGAGUGCUGUGUGGUUUGACCAGACUCGGAGGCAAGCAGAUUUUACCUCUAUUGGACUGGACGGCCAUUUGGAACGAAGGCUGUCUUGUGAGAAACCCGCUUUAUGAGCCGAUGAAUGUCACAAUGGCGGACUGUGAGGUAUGUGAAAAUACAGAACAGUUGGCGCGGCUGCACAAUCUGGACAGUUUUCUUCUCAUGAGGUUACGGGAGCAACACGUACCAUUCAUUGCGGAGGACGCUUCUGUUAACUGGAAAAACAACAGCAACAUCACACUUGCUCAGCUAGCAGGGAUGUACAACAGACACCCCCUUCUGAUAGACAAAGAAAGCUGUAAAAUGCAAAGCAAUGUUAGGGGCGUCUUCUUUGACCAUAAAAUCCUUUUGAACAAGGUAGUGACAGGGAAGAUUGAUCAGUUCUACGCUCACUGGCAGAACUGCGAUAUGUCAGCCGCUAAAGCUCUCCGCCAGAUUUACAAACUCCCGUACUUUCUUCCGUCAGCGUACACUCCGCCAAAAGAAGACUGGGUCCUCAUUUCCUCCAACUACAGCAGCAAGAUUUUGAAGCCGCUGAGUUUCACCCAAGAUAUUAUUUUCCUGAUACAACUCAAAGGGGAGAAUCACGUCUACAUCAGUGCCAUUGAUCUGUGCAAAACCGUCUGCCCCGUGUUACAAGCUACCCUGCAACAAGGAGAAGUUUUGGCUGUUCCCAACGGUAUCUGGAAUAUAGAAUACCUGCCGUCCAACUCAUCCGAGAACAUCGCAAUAGCUGUGGAGGUGAGCUUUUGA